CCCAGUAAAAGACAUCCAUGAUAUUCUGGAGCUGACCAUCUUUGAUGAGGAUGGAGACAAAGCACCUGACUUCCUGGGCAAAGUGGCCAUUCCUCUGCUUUCUUUCUUGACCACUCCUCUACUCUCUGUGAGUAACAUAGUGGCCAUUCCUCUACUCUCUGUGAGUAACAUAGUGACCAUUCCUCUGCUCUCUGUGAGUAACAUAGUGACCAUUCCUCUACUCUCUGUGAGUAACAUAGUGACCAUUCCUCUGCUCUCUGUGAGUAACAUAGUGACCAUUCCUCUACUCUCUGUGAGUAACAUAGUGACCAUUCCUCUGCUUUCUAUCCACAAUGGUCAACUGAUCUGCUGUCCCCUGAAGAAAGAGGAUCUGGGGUGUCUGUCUAAAGGAAGCAUCUCCCUGGAGCUGGAGCUCGUCUUCAACCCAGUCAGAGCAGCUAUCAGAACAUUUAAACCAAAGGAGAAGAAAUUCAUGGAAGACAAUCCCAAGUUUUCUAAAAGGUUUGCUAAAUGA